AUGUCGAAGUACAAUAGACCACCAUUCUUCACAUCACCCUAUUCGAACAUCUCACCACCCGCAACUUCCUUCGACAUGGCGCGUUCUUCAUCACGCGACUCGACCUCAAGUGCACCUUCCUUCUCGUGCGCGUACUCAUCGCUGGCCGUCUCGCAGCCAUUGUCGCGAUCCUCAUCAACAGCCUCCACCUAUAUGCCAACAUCAGCACCCACAAGCGCGCCUAUGCGCCGCUCAAGCUCCUCGUCUAGUAGUCAAACUACCUGGCUCGCAUCACCAUAUCGGUCAUGUCUCAACUCGACAUCGACAGAGGCCAACAGCUACUUGUCAGACGACGAUCUUCUGUCUCUGAACAUCCCAGUGGAGACCAUCCCCAGCCCCAUGCAACCAAAGCGCAUCGCAGACAUGAACAUCGAGGAGCAAAUCGCACAUCUUCGCAACCUUCAACAGCAAGAAGAUGCGCAAGAACGACAGAGGCGAGACUCUCAGAAGCGCAAGCAAGUCCGCUUCGCUCAGACGACUGAGAAGCCCCGUCGACCACAGCUCAAGCAACGCAGCACUACAGUACGGAGUGGCUUGUCUGGCCUCAACGGACAUCAUUGA